CUAGCGGGUGCUCUGCUGGUUGCCUCGCUUCUUUAUCUUGGUCUGCACCGAUGUCUGUGGGGCAAGAAAUCACCGCGUGGGAACCAGAUGCCUCCGGGACCUCCUGGCUACCCCCUCGUAGGUCACCCGCAGUUCAUGUACAGGGACUUUCACUGCAACCAGGCCAUGAAGUGGGCGAAGCAGUAUGGACCAGUAUACAGAAUAAAGACGGGUCCAACAGAUAUGGUUAUUCUGAAUGAUUUCCAGUCCAUAAAGAAGUUCUUCACUAAGAGAGAAAUCCUGUACCGCCCAGUCAACUGGUUGUUCAGGGGAACGGUGCAUGGAGGUGUCGCAACGAUGAACGGUGAAGUGUGGGAACACAACCGGAGGUUCUGCCUUCACGUCCUCCGGAACCUUGGUUUCGGCAAGACUACCAUGGAGGAGCAUAUUAAGAACGAGUGUCGAUGCAUAAUCGAGGAAGUGGCCGAAGCGAGAGGAGAGCCGAUCACCUUCCACGACUACCUGCUCACCAGCACGUCCAACAACAUCUCGGCACUGGUGUAUGGCAGCCGGUACCCGUUCGGUCAUCCUCGUCGCCGUUUCCUCAACAGCCUCCUCAGCGACCUGUUCAAGGCUAUUUUCGCUGGUAGCCUGGUUGAAUUCGUACCUCCCUUCCUCCUCGAAGUUGUUUCAAAGCUGCCUUUUUUGCGCCAGACAGCCAUUGUCUCCAAACUCUGGAAGUUCAUUGAAGACGCCAAAACACAGAUCAAGGAGCACGAGGCGACCCUCGACGAGCACGUCAACCGUGACUUCAUAGACGGCUAUCUGAAAAAGAUCAACGAAAACGAGGCCGAUCCGAAUUCGCAUUUUGAGCAAAGAUAUCUCCUGGGCAACGUGCUCAGCUUCUUCAUCGCUGGUUCGAACAGCGUGGCAGCGACGCUCCAGUGGCACUUCAUCAACUUGGCCGACAAGCCGGACACGGUGCAGUCCAGGAUUUUCCGCGAGAUCGACGAAGUGGUGGGCAGGGAGAGGCCACCCGCGUGGGAGGACAGGAACAGGAUGCCCUACACGAUGGCCUGCAUCUGGGAGAUGUACCGGUGGACGACCAUGUCCCCACUCGGCGUGCCCAGGAGCGCCGGUGAAGACACAUUCUUUGACGAUUAUUACAUCCCGAAAGGAACUACUAUUUCUCCCAACGUGUGGGCGGUGCACAACGACCCUACGCUCUGGAAGGAGCCAUCCAGGUUCAACCCGGAUCGCUUUUUGAGGGAGGACGGCUCUUUAAUCCAACCUAGACCAGAGUACCUGAUCCCUUUUUCGAUAGGCAAACGAAUGUGCCCCGGCGAGAUCUUGGCCUCCGUGGAGAUAUUCCUGUACCUCACCAGCCUGGUGCAGAAGUAUCGCAUUCUCCCGGAAGGCGACAAGCUGCACGACCUUGAAGCGGUCAACAUGCCGCUUGCAGAACUCUUCAAACGCAAAGUGCGGUUUGUGCACCGGUAGCUACAGGACUGAAGCUGCCACAACCGAACAACA